GGGAGGAAGGGCAAAAGAGAUCUAACUUUACACCAGUCAUCAGCAGUAUUCCUACACUCGUGGUUUCAGCAGUUCAUCUCGCAAUCGAGAGAGCUGGAUGUGAAGAGAGUUUCGCUCGUAACGACUGUCACCGUCGUUCUCGUGAUAAUCGUCGUCGUCGUGGUCGCCGUGAUCGCAGCCGCAGUCGCGUUCCGCGUUACCGUCACCGCCGACGUCGUCGUUAUACCGUAGCCGUCAUCGUCGCCCUCGACGUCGCAGUCGUCGCACGACUCUGUCUCCCCUACAUCUCUUUCCCUCUCUCGCUUCCCUCAUUCUCUUUUUAUCCCUGUCUCUAUCCCUCUCUAUCGUGUCCCGCGCAAGUAUUGUGAAACAGUGUGAAACGCGAGGCGGGCAAGUUCCGCGAAGCAGCGAUUCGUUUGCGAGCGAGGUGACCGAAUGUGCCGCUGAGAAUUAUGUGGCAUACUGACGCAGGAUUAGGAUCGGUCGCGCGUCAAGUCAGCUGACAUAUUGCGCCCUGCUACACCGCAACAGCCUUCGUUUCAGAAUUCAUGGCUGCCGCCGUUCGAAAUUCACGACUUCAAUUGAGCUUAAUUCAUUUAAUGGGUUCAAUCGCACUGCCGAAAUCGUCUAUCUGUGCUAGAAGAGGUCGUGAGAAAGGACGAAGCUCCAUCAGAUUUCGUCUAGAAAUUCUCAUCGAAGAGUUCUCGAGAAGCGAACGAGAAGAAAAAAGAAAGAAAGAUACCGCAGGAGAAAGAGAAAACGAGAGAGAUACUCCGCGUGCGCGGAGGCUAGAGAACAACACCCCGUGUGUAUCGCGAGCAGCGCUCUCGGCGAGGCGCGUCUUAGUUCUGCCGACGGUCGCGUCGAUGCGCGGUAUCAUUGUCGCUGUGAUCGCCGCGUCGCGUCGUGCCGUCGCCGCUUACGCGUCCGCCCAAAAGCCAGCGGGCCGAUCGCCAUCAUGAAAACAUUCGCCCGUCGUUAUCGUUGUUUCUCCUCCGUCCUUGCGGGCUCUUUCGACUGAAGGACGUGAAUAUCGAACGUGCGAGCUUGAAAGUCGAGAGAGCACACGUAGCCCACGCGAACACGGUCCACACGGGUCGCCGCUGGAACGGCGACGACGUUGCCGGAGUUCCCGUGAUCACGGAGCGCGAGCUUCAACGCGCCGUCGUCCGUGGCUGAUUUUGCGUGCCGCGCGAAGUGCGCCGCGAGACGGGGAGAUUAUUAACGUGGAGCGGGCCACCACGAACGGAGAGAGAGAGAGAGAGAAAGAGAGACAAGAGAUUCCGCUGACGAUCCGGCUGUUGUGCGCGGGGUGUUCAUCGCGAUAAGGACACGAGACGGCUGCCACACUUAAAUGCCUCGCACAAAUUCCUACUCCAUGUUGUGCAUCGGUUGCGACACGGCUGCGUGUUGGAAAGUGAGUACAUGGUGACACGCGGUUGUAGAGGAGCAACUGGGAAGAGAGCCGUGGCAAAAGACACCUAGUUAUUCCACACCAAGCUGACUGCAACUCUCCACUGUUUUUCAAGACAGUGACAGCGAGUAGGAUAUAAAAGGGAGUCUACUUGUUUUGUGAAGAGCUACACAGAAAAAACAAGAACUAUGGAACGAGAGUCCAAUCCUAUGCAAGCCCUAUGCCGCAGCGGCUGCGGUUUCUAUGGCUCGCCGGCUACCGAUGGCCUUUGUUCUCUUUGCUAUAAGGAAAAUCUGAAGAAGAAGCAGCAACCACCGGUAUCAGCAGCUACUGUACCAACCUCACAGACUGUCUCCAGCAACGCAGGCACGUUGCAGGGUAGUUUCGGUAGUCCAGCAGCUACCGGGACAACGGCCCAACCUACCAUUCCUACCAUACCUCAGCCAACGACAGAUCUGCCCAGUCCCAAAGAAAAGGUAAGCAGGGAAGAUCAGGAAAGUGAAGUAGGUGUAAGCAGUGCAGCAGCUGAAGGAUCCGUGAGUAAUUGCGAAGCAGACGACUCCUUCGAUGGCAAAGAGACUGAUAAAGAAUCUAAGAAGAAGAAAAAUCGUUGUGCUGUAUGUCGCAAAAAAGUCGGUUUAACCGGAUUCGAGUGUCGUUGUGGCGGACUAUUCUGCGCUGUGCAUCGAUACAGUGACAAGCACGACUGCAAAUUCGAUUACAAAGAAAUGGGCGCUCAAGAGAUUCGGCGCAACAAUCCAGUUGUUGUUGGUGAAAAAGUGCAAAAAAUUUGAACUAUUUAGUGUGUAGUCGUUGGGAAAAUGGUUAUAUAACUAUAUAAACAAACAAAAUAUAAAACACGGAGAAAACGAGAUAAAUUAUCUGGCAGCUGAUUCGCACGUCAAGGGGUGAAACGAGCGAGAGCGAAUGAACGAAAGAGAGGGAGAAAAAGAGAGAAAGAAAGAAAGAUAGAGAGAACGAGAGUGAGAGAGAGAAAGAGUGAAUGUUGUAGAAUGAGAAUGAGCGCGCGAGAUCGAAAUAUAAAUUGUUUUGUAGCUGAAAGCCGAGGAAAGUUAAAAAAAAAAGAAGAAAAAAGAAAAUGAAACGAAUAUCAGACAGAACAAAUAUUAACGAAAGCAAAUUAGAAUGCGUGCGCAUGAGUGAAUGGUUCUUAAUUGGAUGCCAGUGCCAUGUAAGUUUCAGAUUGUCAUCUAGUGAGAGUUUUAAUUGAGAAUAUACCUGGUUACUAACUGCUGCCAGCUUACUACUAUUAUUACCUAUUAUUAUCUUCAUGAUUAUUACGGUUUAUAAUUAUUCUAUAUUAUGUUUAUUAAUUUACUUAAAAGCGAAAUUCGCAUAUAAGGCUCGUUUUACGUAAAGGCAGAAUUUCUUGGUGCGGUCAGUCAGUCCAGGGCAUCUCAUUGGAAGUUUUAGUUUGUUCGAGAAAUUUUAUACAUUUGCUGUUUUGUUUAUAUAUCAAAAAAAAAUGAAAAAGGGGAGUGUUGCUUAGGUAAAUGGCUGACGUUGAUGGGUGAUCACAAUCCUAGGUUUAUAAUUAGUCUAAUAAUUAUUAAGUACAUAUUAGUCUAUUGAUUCAUAAAUAAUGCAAUGAAAUAUAAGUAGUACUGUGUGUUUAUGUCCAACUUCACGUGAAUAUAACCACCAAUUAUUACUCAUUAAAUAUGUUUCAACCUAUAUUGCAAAUAAUUAUUUACACUACGGCCGCUGGUCUGCGAUUUGUAAAUUAAAUCCCUCUGUAACGUAUAUAUAUAUAUACUUGGAGGUCUUUAGAAUGUAAACAAAUUGUUAAUGUUUGAAAUCGUCACUUAGUUUACUCGUUUUCUUUUCUUCUUUUUUUUUUUCUUUUUCUUUGCUUGUUUUUCUGCGAGUUUCGUGUAGGAUAGCUGCGCGAGGUAUUCCGGUGCUGCAUCGCAGCGCAUAAUAUAAGAGUAAAUGAUUAAUAAAACGUCUAGAAAGGCCGCGGGCAUUACACGUGAAUAACGACGAAGUGGAGAGCUAUUGACGUUUGUAAAGCGUUGAACGUAUACUAAACCGCGCGAGUGAAGGUGGAUAUUACAUUGAUAAAUUUUAUAAGCCACGUAUAUAACAUCUCUGACCGUUUCUUCUCUCCGCGCUUUAAAACUCGUGCCGAACUUCGUUGUUUUUUCCUUUUCUUUUUGUUUAGCUCGCUCGUAAGUAGCUGUAUACAUGUUUGUAAAGUUGUAGCAUGCCGGAAAGGUGCUAUGGCUGUCCAGCUUUGUUAUACUUCUGUAAAAUCAAGCGAGAUAAUGGAGACGAGACGAACCGCAAAUUACGCUCCACAUGUAGGUCAAUUUCAUGAGAGCUUCAAUUUGCAUUCGACUUUGAAGCAAAUGAAAAUAAUAUAAAAAAAAGAUACACAUAUAUACAAAUAUAUAUAUUAUAUAUAUUACGGCUCGUCGAUUUGACGUGAAGUAAACGAAAUAAUAAAGUUCUUUCUUUCAUUAUCGUAUCCUGGGACAAGGCACCUAUUUAUCCGAAUGCCGUGCUGCCGUUCUUUUAUUCCUUAUUUUGUAAUUAGAACUUAUUCUUGUAUAAAGUAGACUUAUUCUCGUUAUUCGCUUAUAAGGUUCUUUUUUCUUCCCGACGCAUUCGAAGAAUGUACAGCGAUGAUCUUUUUAUUUUCGAGAAAUAUAUAGAGCUUUCUGUUAAAAACUGCAAUCCUAAGGUCUUAUCAAGCCGCAUUUUCUUUAUGCGAAAUGGAACAGACGAAAAACACCGUUAGCUUUUCCCAAAUAUCUCCCGCGUGUAUCGUCGUAAAAACAAACAAACUGGUUUUAUUUCUCGGACAGAAUGUGUAACGUCGAGACCGAUUUUUCAAAAAAAAAGUUUGUGACUCUCAACGAUAUCUAGAAGUUAAGGCCGCCGAAAAGGAAAGUCCGAAUCUUAUCUCUCGACAUGAUAAUUCGAAUUCGUUUGCGGGACGACGAUUAUGCGCUGAUUUCAUAGACAAUAUACACCUUAUCUCGUAUCAAAAUCGUCGAGGAGUCUGUUGUUUUUCCUUUUUUUCUUUUUUUUUUCUAACGCACUUUUAGGAACGCUGACGCUGAGAGAAAUCGGAAUCGUGUAAAGAAAGAAAAGAACGCGGAACACAGAUACGUACACUCUCUCUUAUACACAUAUACACACACCAUACAUACAUGAGACACAUAAUACACAUACAUACCGAUUAUCAGUAAUAUCGACGGAAUGGUUGCCUUCAGGCCUUCAUCCUAUUUUAGGCAUAGCAUAUUUUUCUAACGUAUAUCGCAAUAUCGGAAUAAUCUUGCCUAGCGAGAACGAUCGAAUGAUAGAGAGAGAGAGGAGAAAAAGAAAGCGAGAGAAAGAGGAAGAGUGAUUGAAGGAAUGCGUUAUUGGGAACAGAUGUGCCUGUGAGUGAGGUAGAGGAAUGCAUGCGGGAAUAAAAAAAUGAUUUAUUGAGAUGAAAGAGAGCGUGAGAGAGCGAGAGAACAAGAGAGAUUGAGAGCGAAAAAGAAAAACAGAGAGAAACAAAAAAGGAGAUUAUCAGCGACGAUCGUACUCGGCUGACUAUAUAAGGACGUAACGAUGCUUGUAAUUAUUACGAUUGAUAUUAGUACGUUUAAGCUAUUAAAAAGUAACAUCAACUUUAAUAUAUUA